AUGAGUCUUCUUGCGAGCAAGUCUGUGCGCGUCGCACUGUCUUCCUCUGUGCGCCGUGCGUCGCUGAGCACGAUCGCCGCACCGGUACGCACCGGCGUGGCAAUGCGUUCGUUCCCGAAACGCUUCGCAGCCGCCGCCUAUUCGACGCACCACGACGCGCCGGUGGUCGACUUUGACCCCAACGCGGUGACGGCCAUGGACAAGCAGAAGCCCCCUGCGCCUGGUGCCGACUUCCGUGUGGCGAUUGUGGGUGCCGGCAACAUCAACUUUGGCUCGGACGAGGGCCCGUGGAACCACUCGUUCCGCCUCGAGCACAAGCUCGGUCCGCGUCUGAAGGUCACUGCGCUGAUCGACCCCAGCGUGGAGCGUGCCAAGAGCGUGCUCAAGACCAAAUGCGACUCGUUCGUCGUGAGCGCGUACAAGGACACGGUCAUCUACCCCGACGCCGAGAGCUACAUCAAGGCGCUCAAGCCCGAGGAGCGCCCCCACGCGAUCUGGGUCGGCUCCCCCCCCGCGUUCCGUGGCACGCUGCUCCCCGGCCGCAACCUCGAGCAGGUGCUGAACGAGGGCCUGCCCGGUGUUCCCCUCUUUGUCGAGAAGCCCGUGUCGACGGGCCCUGUCGACCAGGCCUUUGAGGUGUCCGACAUGCUCAACAAGGCCGGCACGCUUGUGUCUGUCGGCUACAUGCUCCGCUACCUCAAGGUCGUGCAGAAGAUGAAGCAGGUCAUCGAGGAGAACAACCUCAACGUCAUGUCCAUCAACGCCCGUUACAUCAUGGCCUACGAGCACACCGCCAAGCUCGACUGGUGGGACAAGAGCCGCGACUGUGGCCCGAUCGUCGAGCAGGCCACGCAUUUCUGCGACCUGGCCCGCUACUUUGGCGGUGAGGCCGAGCUGGACACGGUGAUGGCGCACUCGGUCGAGCACUUUGAGCCUGCUGGCCACCUCAGCAAGCUCCCGGUGGACGAGUCGCUGAUCAAGCCCGAAAACCGUAUUCCCCGCGUGACGUGCGCGACGUGGAAGUUUGACACGGGCGCCGUCGGCUCGCUCACCCACUGCGUUGCCCUGCAGGGCCACAACUACUCGACCGAGCUCGACGUGUAUGCCGAUGGCCACAUGCUUCGCCUGGUCGAUCCCUACAACGCGCCUAUCCUCUACUUCCGCCGCCCCGGCGACGACCACGAGGAGAUCAUCCGCUACCAGAACGACGACCCCUUCUUCUCGGAGGUCGCCAACCUGAUCGACUGCAUCGAGCAGGGCCCUAACGCCGCACCGAUCCUGUCGACCUACGAGGACGCGGUCAAGUCCUACGCCCUCACCUGGGCCAUCCGCGAGGCGAGCGAGCGCAGCAUCAAGAAGCCGUAG